AACCGAUAGAUGGCGCUAAUGUCAAUAUUGUCUAUUAGCGGAGCAAAGUACACAUGGUUUCAGAGGCUUUCAUCACGUUAUCUAAAUCUCUACCUACCUAUGCAUAGAUGUAGCCAACAGCAACCAACUAGAUUGUAUAAGGAAAAUAUCUUCAUUUAUACCUAUGCUAUUUGGCGUAUUAACAUUAACAAUAUAUUAGCUAAUAAAUAAUAUAAAAAAUGUCUUCGGUCAGUUCAAGUACCGCUUCGAUAUCGGAGUUCUUUCGCCCGAUACGGCCGAAAGGCCUGCGACCAAGAGAUCUGAGUAACACGCGACUCAGUUUAUUGAAGAGAGAAAUACAGACUGAUAUGCACCUGAUACCGUUAAAACAAUUAUAUGAACAGCUGCAGACAGACCCAAUAAAUGGAUUGACAAAUGCUAGGGCUCGAGAACUGCUUGAAUACUAUGGGCCCAAUACACUAACACCUGCCAGUGAAUAUGGGUGGCCAAAAGUAUUAAUAAAAUCUCUAUGUACAGGGUUUUCCAUACUAAUCUGGUUGGGCGCACUAAUGUGUUUGGUGGCGUAUCUAAUAGAAUCGUCAUCGAAAGCGAACCCCACAACUGAUAACCUUUAUCUGGGCUGCGUGUUAAUUGCCGUCGACCUCACAUGUGGGCUCUUCAGUUUCUAUCAUAACUAUAAAAGUUCCAAGAUAAUGAAAAUAUUUAACAGCAUGAUACCAGCAACCGCGAGCUGUAUUCGAGCAGGGGUGUUAAGUACUGAGACACCUGUGCGUGAUAUCGUCAAGGGUGAUAUUGUGAUCGUACAGGCUGGAGACAUAGUGCCGGCAGACAUACGUAUUAUCGACAGCAAGGGAUUCAAAGUUGAUAAUUCCUCUUUGACUGGUGAAUCAGUGGCAGUAACCAAGAGUAAUACUGAAGGAGUUCCGAACAUUCUUGAAUCGGCAAAUGUUGCUUUCUUCUCGACCCAAUGUGUGGAAGGCUGGGCUUUGGGUGUUGUAUUGUGUUGCGGUGAUCUGACGGCAAUGGGUCGCGUGGCCGGGCUGGCAGCGCGGCUGACCCCGGGACCAUCCCCACUGACUCGAGAGUUACACCGCUUCAUGAGAUACAUGUGUGUAUGGGCUUUAGGACUCGGAGUGUUUAUAGCAUCUGCAUGUUUAGCUCUCGGCUAUCCUUUCAUGCAGACUAUCAUAUUCGUUAUUGGAAUGAUUGUCGCCAAUAUUCCUGAAGGGUUACAGCCAACAGUUACGGCUUCACUAACGAUAACUGCCCAGCGAAUGGUGAAAAAGAAUUGCUUGGUAAGAAAUUUAGACGCAAUAGAGGCUCUGGGUGCCUGCUCAAUAAUAUGCUCCGACAAAACUGGCACUCUCACAGAGAAUAAGAUGGUCGUACAACAUAUAUGGACGUGGAACAAAGUUUUAUUCGUCAAAGACUCUGAAUUCAAUAAUGCGGUACAGAACAAUCAUGCCUACGAAUACUUGAAAAAAUGUGGAGCUUUGUGCAGCAACGCAGACGUUAAGCGUGGCGGUGGAAUACAUGGCGAUGCGUCUGAGACAGCUAUUUUAAAUUUCCUAUUUCAAUACAAUGACCCAAUUACUGUCAGGAAAAAUAAUCCUAAAGUUGCUGAAAUACCCUUCAACUCGUUGAAUAAGUAUCAAGUCAGUGUGCAUCUCGAUACAUCGUUGGGGCAAUUUAUAGUAAUGAUGAAAGGGGCGCCGGAGAUCAUCUUCGCUCGCUGUUCCACCGUUGCUACUGAUACCAAAGAUAUAACUUUGACAAAAGAUAUGAAGCUAAUGGCCGACUCAGUCACUGAAAAUUUGGCCAGCUCUGGUGAACGAAUUAUGGCCUUUGCUGACCUUCUUCUAAAUGCAAAGCAGUUUCCUUUGGAUUUUCUGUUUGAUACGGAUGAUGUUAAUUUCCCAGUCGAAAACUUACGCCUGCUAGGCGUAAUGGGUAUCAUGGACCCACCUCGAGAGGAGGUUCAGACAGCAAUAGGGCGCGUGCGCGAGGCUGGUGUGAGAGUGAUCAUGGUGACUGGCGACCACCCAACCACCGCGCGCGCAGUAGCCACCAGAGUCGGAAUUGCCACGAGCCCCAAAUGUCAUGUUGUCACUGGCAACGAACUGAGAAACAUGACCCCCGAUCUAUUAAAUUGGACUCUGGAUAAACAUUAUGAAAUAGUGUUUGCAAGAACUUCUCCCACGCAAAAGCUUCAGAUAGUUGAGGCUUGUCAGCGUCAAGGUAGCGUGGUGGCUGUGACCGGGGAUGGAGUUAACGAUGCGCCGGCGCUGAGACGAGCAGACAUAGGUAUUUCUAUGGGCAUCACUGGAUCACAGGUGUCCAAACAAACAGCAGACCUCAUCUUGAUGGACGAUAAUUUUGCUACCAUCGUGACCGGUAUCGAAGAAGGAAGGAGGAUAUUUGACAACCUCAAGAAAUCUGUCUGUUACAUACUCAUUUCUAACGUGCCAGAAAUAGCACCAGUGUUAAUGUUCAUACUGUUUUCUAUACCUUUACCAUUAAGUGUUAUGACCAUAUUAUGCAUAGACUUGGGCACAGACAUGUGGCCGGCUGUGGCGCUGGCUUACGAGCAUGCAGAAUCUGACGUCAUGACCCGAAGUGCUCGCGGCCGUGACCCUCUCGUGUCGUCCAAAAUGUUAAGAUUAGUGUACGGACAUUUAGGUCUCAUAGAAUUUGCUGCUGGCAUGUACGCUUACUUCAUUGUAAUGGCCGAACAUGGCUUUUAUCCUACCAGUUUAUUUGGUAUAAGACAAAGAUGGGACAACGAGGCUGUCAGUGACCUAACAGACUCUCUGGGUCAGGAGUGGACCUACGAGGAACGUAAAGAGAUUGAGCGAGCUUCACAAGCAGCUUACUUCGUAGCCGUGGUGCUCACGCAAAUGAUGAAUGGCGUCAUUUGCAAGACUAGAUAUAACUCUUUGUUUCACGUUGGAAUGAAAAAUAAAAUUUUGAAUAUGGGACUCGUAUUUGAGCUAGUACUUUCAUGCGCCAUUUGCUACAUUCCAGGACUCAAUGAUUUCUUCCACACGUAUCCUCUUCGCCUAAGAUGGUGGUUCCUGGGAUUGCCAUUCUGUUGCAUCAUGUUCGUCUUCGAUGAAUUUAGAAAAUACUGCAUCAGAAGGAAACUGUUUGGGGGAUGGUAUAACUCUUUAACGCUUUAUUAAUGUUGCUGUAUAGCCAAUAACGCUCAGUAAUUGUCCAUUACGAUAAAGUUUCCUGUUCUAAAUUAAAGCAAAAUAAUACAUUACUACGACGUAUCCGCUGAUAACUGUUAUAUUUAGUUAAUGUAUAUCAAUAGGUUAUUUAUAACAAGCUCGGUAGGACAAAUGUGUAACGAAUUAAUAAAUAAAACAAUAGAAUCCAGAAAAUAGUAGGUAGUUUACUGAAUUUUAUUUUACAUUUUGAUCCCACACACUCAGAUCUCUAAAUAAUACAAGUUAAACAUUUAAGUACCUAAUUUAUCUAAUGAGCAAAAAUAAUAUGACAUUUCAGUAUCAGGUCACAUUAACAAACAUCACAAUAGUUUAAGGCCGGUGCACAAUUGCAGACCUUGGUUUCAGGAAAUGAAUGAUCGCUACGCUACCUUACAUUUUUAAAUAACAUACAUAAAUUAAUAUUAAGAUCUCAUCUAACAACUCGCGUUCUGAUGGCUAGCGACACAUUUUCACUCCCUAUCAUAUAGGAAUGUUGUUCUUAAUUUCUCUGCAAGUGAUUGAUUUACACACGAAUAUUAGCGUGCACUAGUUGCAUUUCAAUCGCUUUCCGAGACUUAAAAACUUUGGUUAGGAACAGUCACAUACUGCGUACACAAAGGUAAUAAUCAUUACUUUUCAUUGAAUAAUGAUUCUUACCGCCCACAUAAAAUGCGCUAGACAUAGGAAUGAUUUGACUUUUCAUUAAUAUGCAAGUACCCAUUUAGAUAAGGCACAAGUAAAUAAAACUUAUUCAUCUUUAA